AUGUAUUUACCACGAGCAUUGCCUCUGUGGUUGCUUGUUCCAACCGUGAAUUCGUUGAUAGUUCAGCGCGAGCCAAUUUCAUCUAGUUGUCAAACGGCCAUCUUCCAGUGCGGCCUCCUGGAGAACGAAUUCGGAUCUGCAGCUUUACACCAUCUCGGACAAGACAACUUCACCCUCUGGGACGCGAAGCAGAAUGAGGUCCAGUACGCUUGUCGUUUUGAGCCUUCCAACAAAACCGACGUUGCUGCUGCUCUUCGUGUUCUGACUAAAACUUGGUGUAAUUUUGCAGUCAAGUGUGGCGGUCAUUCUCGUGAUCCAGAUUUCUCCAAUUCAGUCGGCGGCGUGACUAUUGACCUGAGGCGCAUGAACAAUGUAGAGGUGGCAUUGAACGAGUCUGUCGCAAAGGUCGGUGGCGGAGCUGUUACGGCGGACGUUUAUGCUGCCCUCGAUGCCCGCAACUUGUCUUUUGUCGGCGGGCGCGUAGGCAGCGUCGGCGUAGGUGGCUUCGCUACAGGUGGCGGUACUUCAACACUCUCGUCCCGACAUGGAUGGGCUCUUGACAAUAUCUAUGAGUACGAGUUGCUCUUGCCAAAUGCUACCUUCGUGACUGUGAACGAGCACCAGCACCCUGAGCUUUAUUGGGCUCUUCGUGGCUCAGGAGGCGGCAACUAUGGCAUCGUUACAUCGUUUAUCGUACGAACAUUUCCUCAAGGACCACUGUACGCCGGACGUCGAACCUGGAACGACACAUAUACCGAGCAGGUGGUAGAUGAGCUGUUCGAUCUGUACACCACCCAGGACAAUAACACCAACAUAUCUGCUGAUUUCUACUACGGCUAUAUCCAAGCCAGAGACGAAUUUUCUCCAGCUGGAACUCUGAGGUACUUUGAUCCAAUCGAGAAUCCUCCAGUCUUUUCAUCUAUCGAACGCAUUCCGGCGGUGACGUCAUCGGGACAAAUAAACAGCUUGGGCAGCAUCUCUGGACCAGGCAGUGUAUCAGCCACUCCAGCUCCUUCAAGACAUUUAUUCCAAACUACGACCACCUUCCCAUCUCGUGAAUGGCUAAGAGAAUCAUUGAGGAUCUUUCGUGAGGAGGUGCAAGAUGUUAAGUCCGUAGCGGGUCUGAAUCCGCAACUAAUUACUUACCCAAUCUCAUCGCGCGCUAUACAAGGUAUGACCGAACGAGGAGGCAAUGCUCUCGGUAUAACUAAUACAAAAGGGCCGCUUAUUAUAUGGACGUUGACUGAUGUAUUAGUGACUUUCCUGAGUACCGCUUGGCUAAAUGCGGAAGAUGACGGAAGUGUCGGCAAUUUCUAUGACCGAGUGCUCGCACGCUUAGAGGAUACUUCCAGACGUCUGAACGUUCAUCAUCCUUUCAAGUACGUAGGCUAUGGCAGACUAGGCGAAGAUCCCUUCUCGUCUUAUGGAGCAGAUAAUCGCAAAAGGCUUGUGCAGAUACAAGAGAGCAUCGAUCCACAAGGCAUUUUCACCUCUGCUGGACUUUGCCGCGGCGGAUUCAAGGUUCGCUGAAGAGAAGUGACUUCGGACGCUUGUGUCCAACGAGGACACACAGGGAAGGCGGGCUAUGUGUAAUAAGUUAGCUGAUUUAGUAGGCGUAAGACC